AUCGUUAGUCUUUCUCUCUUUACUUUUACUCUUUGGAUAGAAAAUUCGUCAAAUGCUCGCUCAUUGGUUCUAAGAAUUGUGGUGGGGAUGCAGCGGAAUCUCGAGCGCGCAAAACCAGUCGUCUCAGCCGCCGAACAUCACAUUUCGUCUGCAGCUUUGAUACGAGCAACUUCUUCGUUAUUCACAGUAAUCAUACUCAUUACAUUGUUCCGGAGACUCGGAUAGUCGUAUACAUUUAUACUUAGUAUAUUGUUUGCAUGAACGUUCUGUUCGUUUCUAUGACAACAAUUUUCAACACGUAAGCACAUAUUUAUUUGGCGCAUAUUCAGUUCUCUAUUAUUGUAACUUAUGGGGUGGCGUAAGGUAUUAAAUUUUUUUUUAUUUAACUAAAUGCAUAUUAUUUCAAGAAUACUGUGUCAAAAUUUCAAGUCGAUUGGUGCAAAAUUGACGAAGUUAUGAGUACUUUUAUACCUGUCAGAUUUUUAUUCCUACCUGACCCGAGCGGGGUGAAGAAAAAAAAUUAUACAAAAUGUACAUGGACAUAGAUUAAAUGUUGCCAUGUAUUUCUCUGCAGCGCGAGGUGGGGAUAUUAUUUCUGCUCUGUUCGCGCAGCUAACCUCGGCUUCCCUCGGCUUCUUUCGUUUAGCCGACACACCAACACGUAACAUUUCGUUGUGUACGAGGCGUGCUGGGCUCGAGGAAAGGAGAAAAAGAAAUAUUCUACAAUCUGGCUUCACUGUUUUUUAUAUGAGCCGUUUAGUGCACACAUCGAUUAACUCCAUAAAACCAAAUGUUGAGAAAUGCGAUGAAAUUGUGUCUGAAAUACAUUACUUAUUAUUCAAUGGCCAAAAAAAUUUUGCCGUUUAAUGGUGUUAAUCUUUAUUAUUCAGGAAAGUUAUUAUAAAUAUAAAAAGUUAUGAUUAUACCAAAUGCUUUGAUACUUAAAUUUAAGAUUUUUCAAAAAGUGGAGUUAAUCGAUGUGUGCACCGAACAGUUCAUAUAAUACCUAAUCUUACCCCUCAGUUCUAUUUAUAGAAAUUUCAACGCAAGUACAAACGUUUUUAUACCUGUACUGUAUAUUUUGUCAGUGUAGAGUAUAAAAUUUAGUGUAGCAGUAAAUAUUCCAUCGAGCAGAUGUACACGCGCGUUCCUAUUUUCGCAUCAUUUUAGCUCCGUUUUCAUUAAGUUUUGUGUUAAAUUAUUGCAAAAAUGUCUAAAAAAAUUAUAAGAUCUGAUAGACAAUUAACUGGUUCGAGAUUAUGUCAACCUAACAAAAUUGUACCUUCGAUUAAACGUGAAAGCGAAGACAUUUCAACAAGUAGCGCGUCAGCUAAAAAAGUAAAAGUGACCGUUGAAGAUCAAGUUACGGUGGAUCUUAAAAAACAUUAUAGGAUAAUCGAUUUUUCAUUAGUCUUUUCAACAAUUGCUACGCUAGUGAAGUGUGUAAAAUGUGAUGGAAAAGUAAAUUUUCAUUCGACUAAGAAAGAAGGUCUUGCAUUUAACAUCGAAGUGUCGUGCGAAAGCUGUAAACAGAUUACAAAUGUUCCGUCUAGUGCAAGAGUAAACUCUGGUAUUUACGAAGUUAAUUAUCGGUUUGUUUUCGUGAUGAGGAUAUUAGGCCUUGGAUUAGUUGGCUGUGAAAAGUUCUGCGGCUUGAUGGACUUGUCUAGUUCGUUUUUAUCAAGACCGACGUAUAAUGAUUACGUGAAAAAAAUGUGCUCGACUGUGAAAGAAGUAGCGAAUCGAUUUUUUUUAUCUGCUACAAAAGAAGAAAAAGCAGCAACAACCGAAGAGAAAAAAACUGAAGAUGCUAACGAACUCAAUGUAUCAGGCGACAUAACAUGGAAAAAAGGAGGCUUCUCAUCUUUAUUCGGCGUCACUUCGUUAAUCGGUUACUUUACAGGUAAAGUUCUUGACAUUUACAUCCAAAGUUCAUACUGCCAUGAAUGUAAAACUUGGGAAUAUAAAUUAAACUCUGCCGAAUACGAAGAAUGGCAUGAAGCUCAUAUAAAUGCUGGAAAGUGUCGGGCAAAUCAUACUGGUGCAGUUGGAAAUAUGAAAGUCGAAGCGAUAAAAACCAUGUUUCAACGCUCGGUAAAGAAUGGUGUACGAUAUCGCAACUAUAUCAGCGACGGUGACUCUAAAGUUUACUCCGGGUUAGUGAAUUCUAAACCUUAUGGUGAUGAUUUUUCAAUAGUGAAAAAAGAAUGUGUAGAACAUCUUCAAAAAAUAAUGGGCACUCGUCUACGUGAAAUAGUCAAAAAGACCGUUGUAGAUACUGAAACUAAGGCUGGAAAGAAGAUCAAAAGAAAGAAUCUUUCUGGUAAAGAGAAGCUUACGGCCAAAAUUAUUGAUAAACUGACGGUAUACUACGGUUUGGUUAUUAGACGUUACUCUGAUUCCGUGGAAAAUAUGAAGAAUGCUAUCUGGGCAACGUUCUUUCACUACAGUUCGACGGACGAGAAUCCACAGCAUAAAAAAUGUCCGAGCGGUGCGGACUCCUGGUGCGAAUGGCAAAAAGCUGCAGCUGCUAAUGCAUUGGAUUCGUUCAGACACACAUACAGUGCUCUUCCCAAGGAUGUUUUGGAUGCCAUUAAGCCUAUCUAUGAAGAUCUGAGCAAAGAUGCCCUCCUGGAGCGAUGUGUCGGAGGCUUCACGCAAAAAAACAAUAAGAGUUUGAAUCAACUUAUUUGGAGAAUCUCACCAAAGUACUUGAGUGGAGCUUUUGUCAUCGUUGAAAUUGCAGCUUAUGUGGCAGCCAGUGUCUUCAAUGAAGGUUCUUUUGCUUUACUAACCUUCAUGCAAGACAUGGGAAUCAGUAGUGGAUCAAGUGCUCAUGACUGGGCGCGAUCAACUGACUCCAUACGUAUAAGCCGAGCAGAACAGGAAGCUGAAAGACAAACUAAAGAAGGCAGGAUUCGUCAUAGACAGAAGCAAAAAGGUGCUUUAGUCAUCAUGGAUGAUAGUAACAUCCUUUAUGGAUCUGGUAUUGAUGAUUCAGUGUGAGCACCAAAUUAUGAGAGGCACCGCAAUUCUACUUUUUUCCGAGACGCGUCCGAAUAAUUGCUGCCAUUGCCAUAUUUUUUAAUAUUUCGAAGAGCCGCAAAAACCUAAACCAUUGCAAUUAAUUAACAAGUUAAUGUUAAAAAUGACUAACUACUAUGGUUUGGCAAUUACAAGAAAUGUCCACUCUCUCGAAGACAUGAAGAAAUCCGUGUGGGCUACGUUUUACCACAUGGCAUUGACAGAUGAAAAUCCUAAUCACUCUUAUUGCUCAGAUUCUUGAUGCACGUAU